AGCAAAACAGUUGAAAGCAAUAGAAGUCAAGAUGCUGAAGUUACAAAUAAAGUUUUUGAAAAGUUACAUGAGGAUGGAAAGACAUGUAAAAUGUCAUGUCAGUCUGGAACAGACACUACUGUCAUUGAAGAAACAUUUCUAGCAAAUGAUAACACCUUAACAAGUGACAGUAUGGAAAUUGAUAAUAAAACUUUUAGAACUGAAGGUAAAGCAAGUGAAAAGAAACUUGUUGAAUGCUCCAUAAGUAAUGAUUUAAUUGAUCUGAAAAGCACAAGUAAUAGCAUAUUUGAAAAUCUUCAAGUUUUAGUUGAAUCAAGUGUUGAAAAUCCACAAGUUUUGGUUUCACCAAGUAUUGAAAAUCCUCAGAUUUUAGUUGGACCAAGUGUUGAAAAUCCCCAAGUUUCUAAUGAACAUGAUAUAGUGAUUACUAAUACGAUCUGUGAUAAUAUUAUAGAGUCAGACAUGAUUUCUGAAGUAUUUUGGAAUGGUCAAGGUAUGAAAGAAACAAAAGGUAGUGACAUAAAGUUAAAUACAAAUAAUAAUAAACAUAUGGACACUAUAGAAAAUCCAUGUCCAAUUCCAGUGGUAAAUCCAUUUGAAUCUUUAGGUGAAAGCCAAACUGAAAAUGUUGUUAUAAUUGAACAGUCGGACAAAGUUGAAAAAUUAAAUCAGAAUGUUACUGAUUCAGUUGUUGGAUCAUAUUUAGAAAAGCUUGUUGACUUUGUCAGCAGUGACAAUUUUGAAAGCUGUCAGAGUAUCCAGCAACCAAGCAUGCUUGAAAAUAUAAAAUCUGCAAAUGACAAACACACUGGUACAACUAGUGAGCUUUCAGCUCAAACUACAGGAGAUCCUAGUGUUGUGAUAGAUAAGAAGGAUGAUUUAGGUGUAAAUUUUACAGAUUUGAAUAAUAUCUGUAAUAGAUCAAUAAAUAAGCCAUGUGAGAUUCUGAAUGACCAAGACAAUGGUUUUGAAAUAGAAGCAUUAACAAAUGGUUCUGUGAUUGUAAAUUCAACAGAUACUGUUGAAGACACACAAAUAGAAAAUGCUUUAAAUGUUAGUACAAUUCAACCAAACUUUUGUAAUGACAACAUGACUGGGAUACCACAAUGUCAGGAGUUAAGUCUCAUUGAUAAGGGUAUUUCAUCAGAAUCACUAAAUACCUGUUCAAAUGAUUCUGAUAAUGCUUUAACUGAUGACUUUAGUAAUGGUAAAGGAAAUGUACCAGAAACAGUUGACAGUAAUAAUUACAGUGAAAUUGUACAAGUUAAAAAUGACAGCAUGAAUGUUUUGAUAAAAGACAGAACUACAGAAAUUUAUAAAAAUGUAUCUGGAGAAGACGAUGCCAGUGUUAAUGGUUGCAAUGUGCCAAUUUUAAUCAGUGUCAAUGAAAAUGAGUGCAAUGAGGCAGAAUUAGACGACACAAGUGGUAUGAAUGAACCAGUUAUAAUUAGCAUCCAGAAUGCAGAUGAAAUGUUAAGACAGUCAUAUAAUGAAGAUGUUUUGACUACUGAACAUCUGUCAACUGGUAACAAGGUAGGGGAAAAUGAGAACGACCCUGAUGCUUUUGUUGGAUCAACAAAUCAUGGAGAGGAUGUGUUGUCAAGUACCUGCAUUUCUGAUGCGGAUCAGAAUAAAAAUGUCGAAGUAAAGAAAGGACAAACUGGUUGUUACCCCCUGAGCAAAGUGGUAGAAGGUAAAAGAUACAAGAAACAAGUAAAAGAACGAGAUGGAUAUUUCCUUUGUGAUGUGACAGGCUGUCAAUUUAAAACACAGUACAAGAGUAACGUUGGAGCCCAUUACAAGCACGUUCAUCUGGCGAUAAAGAAACAUAAAUGCGAACAGUGUUCAUAUGCAACACCCAAUAAGUCAAGUUUAAAGCAUCAUAUGCAGUUAAACCAUUUGAAAGAGAAGAAGUUCAAAUGUCCUGAUUGCGAUUAUCUCUCUUUGUUUCAUAGUGAUGUUGUUAAACACGUUAGACAUACACAUAUGAAACAAAAACAAUAUGCGUGUAAUCAGUGUGAGUACAGAACUGGACACUCGCAUAGUUUAAAGUUACACAUAAUGUCGCAUAAUGGUAUACGACCAUAUAAAUGUAGUUCUUGCGAGUAUCGUGCAAAUAACGCAAAUAAAGUUACACGGCAUAUCAAAUUAUGUCAUGCAAAUGAAGUAGGCGUGUCAUGUAUAAAGGAAGAUUUGACGUUUGAAAUUGACGCGAAACAGUUCCAGUGCGAGGAAAUUAUUUCAUAUCAAGAUAUUAAAGUGAUCGAACUUUCAGCAGAAGAGGCUGACAUUGUAAUGAAACAAAGAGAGGUGAAAAAAGAGCAAGAAAAGGAAGCCAAAGUAAUGGAAAAGAAGGCUAAAGAGGCUGAUAAAAAGGCAAAGAGACAGAUGAAAAAGAAAGAGGAAGAAAUUGCGAACAUGUCUGCUUUAAAUGCUAUUGAGAAGUUUUCUAAUUCGAAUACUGUUUCUACAAAAGAGAUGAAAGUUUUUAAGCUUACUCCAGAGACUGCUAAGGCUUUUAUAGAAGCAAAGGUUGCCGAGACGACUGUUUAUACUGAUAAUCGAGGGGAAACUAAAAGAUUUACUAAGAUAUUACAGAAACCUAAGCCAUCAGAGACUACAGGAACUUGAGUGAUUUCAUAUCAAUUUGGAGAUUUAAAUUAGAAAAUUUCAGGAGAUGGAAUGUAUUGAAUGGCUAUUGUUUCUGGCCACCAGAUGGGAAACACAGAUUAAAAAUUUUGAAUUAAACUUUAGGAAAAUAUAUUUAGCGAUGAAGAAAUGUCUUGGUGUAUUAAUUAUUAUGAACAAUACAUGUAAGGUUAUACCAAAUAUUGCUGGAAUUUUAUCUCAAUAUUUCUACCCCAUUAUUUAUGAAUUAAGAACUAGUCAGCACAUUUUGAUACAUUUAAGGUAACUUGUAUGGAAUUUUAUUUGGUUAUGUAAGCCAUACAUGCAUUGUUUGUACAAUGUCUUGUUUUUUCAACGAUGUUUUCUUUAUUUAAAACAAUUUUAAUACUUUCAUGAAAAAAUUAAAUUGAAUUCAUGUUAAUAUCUUGUAAGGCAGGUGCUGUGCAAACUACGAUUUGUUAAUUAAGAGAGUGAAAUAUACAACAUUGGUGAAAAAGUCAUAUACACAUGUAUAAGGGGGAAAAACAACAACAAAAGCUUUUCUUCUUUUAAAUGAGAUAUUGAAAAAUAUCAAAUAAGAUAUGUCAUAUCAUACUGUUUAAAUCUGAAUGAGAUACCAGUUCUAUAUAUUUAAAGAUAUUAGCAAAGGAGAACCCAUGACUUCAAUGAUAACAUCAUACUGUUCUUUAUUAACUUAUAAAUGUAAAGUACAUUAUCUUGGAAAUUUCUGUAACUGUCUUAUCCAUUUCUGGCACACUGGAUUACAAAGUGCUCAGCCAUCAGUUUUUGUGAUGGCCAUGUGUAUGCUUUUGUAGUUCAUUGUACUCCAUACUUUCAUUAGACACUUGAUGGAUUUUGACCAAACUUCACAGGAAUGACCCUAAGGUGGCAGUUACAAAAUGGUUCCAAUCUGAUGCAUAAUCGGGUCAAAAGAGCUAAAAAUAGACUUUUAAAAUGAAAUCUUUUCUCAGAAACUACAUUGCUUAAAGCUUAAAUAUUUUGCAUGUAGCAUCACUUUGUGUCUUUGUCAAAAGCUACAUUUAUUAUCCACCAGGGUCAAAAUUGGUCAUGGCCCACAGGUUACUUACACGUGGCUAAUGUAGACUUAUAUAUUACAUCAAGGCCAAGGCCCAAACUGAAAUAUCACAG